UUUUGAUAAGAAAUGACAACGAAUUUUGGAAGUUCAAGUUCAGGCUCUUUCUCACUUGAGGAAAACGAUAUUUCCCCAAAAUCCAAGAAAAAGCUUCAAAAUGUUACCAGAUUGAAGCCUUUACCAAAAUAUCCUCAUGAGAUUAUUGAUGAAAUCUACACUAGUAAUAAUGUGCCGAUUGAUGAGGGGUAUCAGAACCGGAACCCAAUUAAGAUUGUCAAUUCAAUAUUUUCAGCAAGGAAAUCUCAGAAUAAUUCUAAAGACGAAGCAUCUUCAGAAUUCAGUGAUAAAUUUCGAAAGGGAAACUCUGAAGGCAAGGGAAAAGGACCUCCAGAUAUGUUCAGAUCCAUGUUUCAAACACCUGAUGCUCCUCUUGGUAAUAAUUUAGGUAAACAGAGCCAGGGGAGAGAUCUGGAUGAACUAUCUCAAGAUUCUCGCCAAGGUAACCUUAAUAAGAGCAUGACAAAAUCUCAAUUUGGGCCUAAAGAUUAUCACUCAAAGACUAACAAUGAGCUUACUGAAGAAGAGAAGGUUCAGAUCAAUUUAGAAAUCGAGAAGGCUAAGAAAAAGCCAAAAAUAAACUGUAGGUUUUCCCUCAGCCUGAUCCUCUAGUCUCUUACAUCGAAGAACGCUCAAAAGUUGCCCAGCUCUCGGGAACUGUUCAAUAUGGGCUUACUAAGAAGGAAGAAUUCAUUGAGAAGUUUAAUGGCAGGUUUAACCUCCUGAUCAACGACUUCUUGCCGAUAAAUAAGAAAUAUGAACAAUAUUGUCAAGAACCAGCAGUGUAUUAUCUCUAUAAGAAGAGAUUGUUCUUCCAUAAAUUACUCAAAGAUAUGGUCAAAAAGCCAGAAUUCAUAGCUCCAAAAUUAGGAGUGAUUAAGAGAAAAUAACAGGAAUUACAGUGUCUCGUCUAAUAAUUCCUUCGUUUCAGUUUUUAGCCAAGGCGCUGAUAGAGGAAUUAGAAAACUUAACUUUCGAGCCAUGGUUAGAAGGCAAGAGCUAGAAAGGCUAAAGAAGCAGCUGAUCACUCUGACUGCAUUCAAUGCGAUUAUUGAAGUUAAAUCUGAGGAUGAGGAGUCCUUCACAUCUUCAUCCAAUAGCUCUGAGUCAUUUGAUAUCUAUAUUCACAAUGAAGGCGGGAAAAAGUCUCUAGAUAAUUCAAAAUCGAACUCUAAGCAUGGUUUGAAGAGAACAGAACAAAAAUAUACUGAAAAAUUAUACUACAAAUAAACUAGAGAAGGAAGAAUACAGAAAGAUGAAUGAUACAAUCGAGAGCAAAAGGAAUAAAAUUAUCAAGCGGAUUCUGGAGUUAAGCAAGGAAGAGACUAAGUAUAAGCGGAAAAAUCAGAAGUAUAACUAUCGUGGAUCCCAAAAGGGGAUUGACAUCGACCCAGAGCUGCUUCAUCUAUUUCCUCAUUACUUUAAGAACAACCAGAGUGAAGCUUCCACAGACUCUAUUAGUUCCACUAUGAGGAAUAGUAUCUCUAAUAGUCGCAGAAGGAUGUUCAGGCAGUCUACUUACAAGCCUUUUUCAAAAGGAUUUGGAGGGUUCGACGAAGGCAAAACGAAGAAAAUAAUCGAGGGAGCCAGCAAAGGACAGAGCAAGUUCAUCCCACAGGGAAAAGUUCAAAAUGCUGAAGAUAAACCUCAUAAUCUUCGGAAAGUCAAGUUACUGUCUUUCAACACGGUUAUUCAAGAUUCCUCUGACGAAAAGCUCAAAAUUAAGAAUUAUAAUGAGACAGGCGAUUUGAGGGAAAUUCAUAAUUUUAAGCCUAGAAAUCUUGAUAAUGUGAGUGAGGAAAUCUUCUCAGAAGAGUCUUCAAGUGAGCUGAGGUCAUUGAAGAAGGCACCAGUCCCACCGAGGAAAAUUAGCCGUCAAAAAUAGAGUCGUUAAUAAAAAUGUUUCGAUGUUUAAAAGAAAGAAAAAGAUGAAUGUUUUGAAUCUGAAAAAUCUCAAAAAUAGGCCAUUUAGUAUUUCUCCAAAGUCCAAUAGGCCUGUGGCUUUACAGCCAAUUAAGAAAGUACCUAAUGCUAAGGCAAAGAUAUAUUCUGGCAGAAUGGCGACAGGAUAUAAAGGGAUUAGAAACAGAACACUUGAUGUAGAAUCCAGUUCUCGGACCAGAACUAUGAAAAGAACUUUUCGUACUAAUGAGUCAUCAAAUUUAUUCCCAAGCACUAAGCCUGAUUCCAAACAUGAGUCUAUCCACAGGUGGUUUAGUCCACCACCUUCUAGAAGUUCAAUGAAUACAAUAUAUAGUCGGAAGACAAUGAAGGAUAUUUAUAAAAAGGUGACAUCUCUUUAUCAAGACAAUAUUUCUGAGAAGAUUUCAUACUCUGAAAUUGGAAAGAUCGAUAAUAAGGUCAUUGAGAUCAGCCAAAGACUUAAAGAUAUUGAAGAUUCUGAACCAAGGAUCUUAAAACUAAUGUACGAGCAGAAGGUUAUUGAAGCCCGUGAUCAUGAAGUAUAUGUUAAAGAAGCGACAGAUGAGUACUUAUCAGGCCUGCUUGAUCCAAGCAGGAUGCAUGAGUCUAGAAGAGACCUAUCUAGAUCCAGAAGAGCAUUGAGCAGCUAGUUAUAAGCAAUUUCAAAUAAUUUGCUUGAGAAAGCUGGGAUGAAAAGUAUAGGUAAAUUAUAAAUUCAACCAA